GGUCUGGCGCACAUGGCCCGGCGGUAGGAGCCUCCUCGCCCCUCCCCCGCUCCUUUCCCGUCGCGCUCGAGCUGGGAGCGCGCGGCCGGCGCGGGCCCGCAGCGACCCCCAUGCAGGACACCGAGGAGAGCCCGGCGGCCGCGCCGCCCGACGCGCAGGGGCCCGCCGAGGAGCCCGAGCACACGGACGGGCCGCCGGCGGAGCCGCCGCCGCAGGAGGAGGAGGAGGAGGGAGAGGAGCAGGAAGAAGAAGGCGAGUCUGAGGCACCGCCGGGGCCCCGCGAGCCGCCGCCGCCCGCCGCCGAGGAGCCUGUGGCCGCCGCCGUGCCGGAGCAGCCGCCGCCUCAGCCGCCCUCGCCUCAGCCGCUGUCCGGCCGCCAAAGCCCCGAGAAGGCGGAGGCCGAGGCCGAUUUGCCGGCUGAGGCCGAGACGGAGGCCGAGCUAGCGGCGGAGGCCAAGCCCGAGCAGCCGGCGGAGGCCGAGCCCAGGGCGGCGCAGGAGAACGGGGAGGCCGCUCCCGCCGCCCCGGCGGAGCCCGAGGACGAAAUUUCCUUCAGCGACCCCGAGGACUUCGUGGACGACAUCAGCGACGAAGAAUUACUUGGUGAUGUACUGAAAGAUCAGCCACAGGAAGCAGAUGGGAUUGACUCUGUGAUCGUCGUGGAUAAUGUUCCCCAGGUUGGACCAGACCGACUUGAGAAACUGAAGAAUGUCAUCCACAAAAUAUUUUCCAAGUUUGGUAAAAUUAUCAAUGAGUUUUAUCCAGAAGCAGAUGGGAAGACAAAAGGGUACAUCUUUCUGGAGUACAUGUCUCCGUCUCAUGCAGUGGAUGCUGUGAAGAAUGCCGAUGGAUACAAACUGGAUAAGCAGCACACUUUCAGAGUCAACCUUUUCACAGACUUUGAUAAGUACAUGACAAUCAGUGAUGAAUGGGAAAUCCCUGAGAAACAGCCUUUUAAGGAUUUGGGGAAUCUCCGGUACUGGUUGGAAGAUCCUGAUUGUAGGGAUCAGUACAGUGUGAUCUUUGAGUCAGGAGACCGGACCUCCAUUUUUUGGAAUGAUAUCAAGGAACCUGUUCAAAUUGAGGACAGAGCACGGUGGACAGAAACCUAUGUGCGUUGGUCCCCAAAAGGUACCUACUUGGCUACGUUCCACCAGAGAGGCAUUGCGCUUUGGGGUGGAGAGAAGUUCAAGCAGAUUCAAAGGUUUAGUCACCAGGGAGUGCAGCUUAUUGACUUCUCGCCCUGCGAAAGGUAUUUAGUGACCUUCAGCCCUUUGAUGGACACGCAGGAUGACCCUCAGGCCAUUAUCAUCUGGGAUAUUCUGACUGGGCAAAAGAAGCGAGGGUUCCACUGUGAAAACUCCGCUCACUGGCCUAUUUUUAAAUGGAGUCAUGAUGGUAAAUUCUUUGCUCGAAUGACUUCAGAUACCCUCAGCAUCUAUGAAACACCUUCUAUGGGUUUGUUGGACAAAAAAAGCUUGAAAAUCACUGGGAUAAGAGACUUCUCUUGGUCUCCAGGUGGUAAUAUAAUUGCCUUCUGGGUGCCUGAGGACAAAGACAUCCCUGCAAGAGUGACUUUGAUGCAGCUGCCUUCUAGACAAGAAAUUCGUGUGCGGAAUUUGUUCAACGUGGUAGAUUGUAAACUGCACUGGCAGAAGAACGGGGAUUACCUGUGUGUGAAGGUAGACAGGACUCCCAAGGGCACACAGGGAGUAGUGACCAACUUUGAAAUAUUCCGAAUGAGAGAGAAACAGGUGCCAGUGGAUGUGGUGGAAAUGAAAGAAAGCAUCAUAGCCUUUGCUUGGGAGCCAAAUGGGAGCAAGUUUGCUGUGUUGCAUGGAGAAACUCCACGAAUCUCGGUUUCCUUUUACCAUGUUAAAAACAAUGGGAAAAUAGAACUCAUAAAAACAUUUGACAAGCAGCAAGCAAACACGAUAUUCUGGAGUCCUCAAGGGCAAUUUGUAGUGCUGGCUGGCCUCAGAAGCAUGAAUGGUGCCUUAGCAUUUGUUGAUACAUCUGACUGCACCAUGAUGAAUAUUGCUGAACACUAUACAGCUUCGGAUGUGGAAUGGGAUCCUACCGGCAGAUACAUUGUGACUUCUGUGUCUUGGUGGAGCCACAAGGUGGACAAUGCAUAUUGGUUAUGGACCUUCCAAGGCCGUCUGCUUCAGAAAAACAAUAAAGACAGGUUCUGUCAGCUUCUCUGGAGACCACGACCAGCGACCUUGCUCAGUGAGGAUCAGAUCAAGCAAAUUAAGAAGGACCUGAAGAAAUACUCCAAGAUAUUUGAGCAGAAGGAUCGUCUGAGCCAGUCCAAAGCUUCAAAGGAGCUGGUGGAAAGGAGACGUACGAUGAUGGAAGAGUUCAGAAAGUACCGCAAGAUGGCACAAGAGCUGUACAUGGAGCAGAGGAACGAGCGUUUAGAGCUCCGCGGAGGGGUGGACACAGACGAGCUGGACAGCAAUGUCGAUGACUGGGAGGAGGAGACUGUUGAAUUUUUUAUCAAUGAAGAAAUUAUUACCCUUGCAGAACCAGAGUAAUUCAUAAAAGUGUGCACCACCACAUCUUGUGCCGAAAAGAAGUUUGUUCAUUUUCAGAAGGCCUACAUCAACUUUGGAAUUUUUAAUCCAUAUUCUUGCACUCUGGAAGGGUGGAUGCACCAGGUUUUCUCUGUUCUGACACAUUGUAGUGCCUUUAAGUCUUGCUGCCUGCUGCAGUGGGACACUGGAAAGGCGCUGCUUUUAAAUUUUUAUUCUUUAGGGUUUGAUUUAUUUUUUUUUUUCCUUUUUAAUCCACUACUACCAGUAUUUACUUCCUGACUCCCGUGCAGUACUUACCAACUGGCAGUUUUUGGCUGUUGCCAGUGAGGUGAGAUUCAUCAGUGCAACUCUGUCUCACACACACGCACGAUGUUUCUGUUUCAGGACUCCUUCUAUGUCCCGAGUGCAUGGACAGGUGUUCGUUUUGUUUGGGCAAAAGUCAACAGAACCAUUUUUCGUAUGAUGUGUUUUAGUGUGCUGAAGCAGCACUACAGUGGGCUAUAUCCUCCUCCUUUCAGAUUGUGAAAGGAUGCCUCCCUCUAAAGAGCUGAAUAUGGAAAUAAAAGCAGACCUAUACUAAAA